AUGGAAAUAAGGGAUGAACCUGUGGCUAUGUACUGCAUCCUGUGUAACAAACCCGAAACCUUUAAUAUGAUCAUUAAGCCCAAGAGGAUAAUUGGUCUGCAGCAGGCAAGUCCAGUAAAAUUUAGCCUCUGUAAUCCGACGAACAUCAUCUGCAGUCUCAAGGAACUGAAUAGACGUAUCACGGUCAGAAUGUCCGGCACCGUGAAAGUGGGUGUAUAG